CACGCACGCACACACACACACGCAACUCCCGGCCACCUCCCCUGCCCGAGCCCGUGAGCCAUGGGCAACUCGCAGUCGACGGCCAUCCCGCCGCGGGUGCCCGGCCGGCCGGGCGGCCCCGGCGGCGCCUACCACCCGGACGCGCAGUACGAGCGCCCGGGCCGCCUGUCCGGCGAGGACCUUGACGACGGGUCGUCGCCGCAGCGCCGGGACUCGCACCCGCACGCUCCCACCACCCCGCCCCCGAUCGGCACGCACGCGCGCCCGGCUCCGCCGACCAUGGGCGCGCACCCGACGUCGCCCCUGUCCCCGGUGGCCGGCGGCCCGGCUACCGGGGUCUCGCCGCUGGGCACCUCGACCGGCGGCUUUGCCUCGCUCAAUGUGGCCUCCUUGCACAUGGGCCCGGAGGUGGUGCGCUCCAAGGCCGACCCGGUGACCGCGGUCGGUGGCCCUGGCGCCACGUUGGACUUCCCGCGGAGCUCGGGCGGCUUUUCGCCGGCCGACUCGCCGGCCAUCGCCCGGGACCCCGGCCUCGGGGGCGCCGGCGAUGGCGGGCUGGCCACCCCGCCGCCGGGCACCGGGGGGGCGUCCGUGCGCGGGGCGUCCCCCGGCGCGGCCGGGCCCCCGGGCAGCGUGGCCAAUGCGGCUGGCGGCGCGGCGGCGGCGGCGGCGGCGGCGGCCGCCGGCGGCGGCGGCAGCCACCCGCAUGUGGCCUCGGCCGCCCAGUCGAUCCUGGCCCGGCGCGGGCACCACCUGUCCGGCGGGUCUUCCUCGUCCUCCUCCUCGGCCACGCCGAUCCCCCCGCGGGCUGGCCGGUCGUCCUCCUCGUCGUCCUCCUCCGCGGGUGGUGGUGGCGGCGGCGGCGGCGGCGCCAGCGGCAUCGGGGCGUCCUCCGGCGCCGGCGGGCACCACUAUUACGCCGGGGUGGCCAUCGACACCGGGGUGCCCGGGUCGUCGUAUGGCUCGGCUGGCAGCUUCGCCGGCAGCCUGCCCCCCUUCGGGUCGCCGCUGUGCAGCCCGGUGGCCCCGAGUCUCUUUCCCCUGAUGACCGGGUCCACGGCCGCCGGCUUCCCGGACCUUCCCUCCGGGCGUGUGUCCAUGCUGGACUCGCCGGUGUCGCCGGACUCCGGCGCCCCGAUCGACGGUGGCUCUGACAGUUCGUCCGCGGCCCAGUUCCGCCGUGGCGCGUCGAAUUUCAGCUCGGUGCACGGGUUCCAGCCCGCGGGCGGGGAGGCCGCGCCGGCCGGCAGCCUGGCAGGCAUCCCGCCCGGGGCCGAUCGCGCCACCACCCCGGUCCGGCCGAUGCCGCACCUGUCGGCCAUGGAGCCGGGGCUGAUGAUGGAUUCGUUCGCCAUGCGGGCCGGGGGGAAUGGCGUCCGGCCGCAUUCGGCCAUCACAGCCGCCUUCGACCCGGCGUACGCGACCCCCGGCUCGGCGCCCUUCCCGCCGGGGGACGACCCGACGGCGGCCGCCGCCACGGCCGACCCCUUCGCCCACAUCCGGCCAUCGCCCUUCUUCUCGCCGCAGCAGGUGAUCGGCCAUGGGGCCGGCGGCGGCGGCGGGCCCGGCGGCGGCGGCGGCGGCGGGCCCGGCGGCCCUUCCGCCCUGUCGAUGUCGCUGUCCCCCUCGCGGCAGCAUGACUACCCGGCGUCGGCUCCCCUGCCGAGUCUGAUGCCGGGCAUGGAGGCUGCCGGGUCCGGCCCCGGGACCCCGGGCGGCGGCAUGGCCAGCGCCUCGCCCGGGCCCGGGGCCGGGGCCCCGCGGUUUGUCAGCCAGCGCGGCUUCGACGCGCCCAUCCGGCAGGACGUCUCGUCUGGGAGCCCGGCCGGGGCGGUUUCCUCGCCGGUCGGCCGGCCGCUGACGUCGCCGGUCGCCGGGCCAGCGGUGGCCCCCUUGUCCCCGGUGCCGGUCACCAUGCCCGGCGGGGGGCCGUACCUUUUCACGCCGAUGCCGGUGGCGCCGGCUGCGGCGGCGGCGGCCGCGGCGGCAGCUGCGGCGGCGGCCGCGGCCGCGGCUGUGUCCGUCUCCGCCGCCGAUGGCCAUGCGUCGGCCGCGCUGCCGGCCUCCGGGGCCGUGGCGGUCCCCCGGCCGGGGGGCGACGCCCGGCCGUCGGCCGGCACCCAGCUGACCACCUCCUCGCCGGGGUCUGUGGCGGCCGACUCGGGGGCCGGGGACGACGCGGUGCCCACCGCCGGCGCCCCCGCCGCCAUGGGGUCCCCCUCGUCGGCAGCCCGGCCGGCGGGGGACGGCGCGCCGGCGGCCAAGGGUCCGAUCGCCGGGCCGGACCAGGCGGGCCUGGCCGCGGCUCCCGGCAGCCCUCCCCUGGCCACGACGCUGCUCACCUGGACGCCGGCCAACCUCAAGGACCUGGCCAUGCGGUCGCCCCCGCUGUCGGCCGCGGCGUCCUAUGGGGCCGGGGGGGCCGGCUCGCCGGGGCUCCUGGGCCUGGAUGACCCGGCGGCCCCGGCCCCGGCGCUGACCGUGCGCACGUCGCUCGAUGGCUUUGCCACGUCGAUUCCCUUCAUUCGGUCCCACGAGGACUUCCACGCGAUCCUCCACCUGCCGCCGGGCCGGCAUCUGCUGCGCUUCGAGGUGAAUGGCCGCCAGGUGGCCCACCCGGACCUCGGGGUCCACUGGGAUGCGCACUUUUCCGGGCCGGUCAACAUCCUGGAGAUCGGCACCGAGACCACCUGCACCAACGACGAGCAGGGCCUCACGGGGACCGACGACCCGGGGCUCGUGUGGACGCGCGAGAUCCCGGACUUCAGCAACUUCGCCAAGCAGCCCGGCCAGCUGACGCACUUCCCGUCCGGGGGCCCGGGCGGGGCGCCCGAGCCGCCGACCCUCCCCCCUCACAUGAGCAAGAUCAUCCUCAACGCCGACCUGGUCGACCCGCUGGACUCGUCGAUCCUGCCGCCGCCGCACGCCGUGCACCUGAACCACCUGUGUGCCCUGUCGCUGCGCGACGGGGUCAUGGUCCUGGCGGCCACCCGCCGCGUGGGCCGGCGCAAGUUCACCACCACCGUGGUCUACCGCCCGGUGGGUGUCUGA